AUGGAUACAAAGUGCUUUGACUUGCAAUUUCAUGAUGAAACUAAUCGUCAACAAAUAAUAAAACCAGAUGAAAUUGAUGUGACAAAUGAAAACAAAGUUCUUAUAUCAAAACUUUCAAUCGAUCAACGAAUUCUCAAUAGUAUCAAAGGUUCUCUAUUCGGAUUGGCCAUUGGUGAUGCACUUGGAGCUCAUGUAGAAUUUCGACCACAAGCUUAUUUAAAAGAAAAUCCUGUUAAAGAUCUUCAAGGUGGUGGAACAUGGGGUUUAGAAAAAGGACAAUUCACUGAUGAUACAUCAAUGGCAAUCUGUUUAGCGAUUUCAUUAAUAAUUUGUCAAGAUUUUAUCCCAUAUGAUCAAUUAGUUCGUUAUAAAUGGUGGUAUCGACAUGGAUAUAUGUCAUCAACAGGACAAUGUUUUGAUAUUGGAAUAGCAACGGAACAAUCAAUUCAAGAAUUUGAAUCGCGACAAAAGAAAUUUGCACAAGAAAAUCAAAUUGAUCUUGAUGAAAUCGAUCAAUUAAGUGAAAAUAAAGAAUUACUUGACAAAUUUAAUGUUAAUUGUAGUAACGAUGGAGCUGCAGGAAAUGGAGCCUUGAUGCGUCUUUCACCUGUUCCACUUUUCUUCUAUCAAAAUCCUUCGAAAGCCAUUGAAUAUUCGGGAAUAAGUGCAAAAAUAACACAUGGUGACAAGAAGGCCAUUGAUUCUUGUCGUUAUUACGCAGCUUUAAUUGUUGCUUCUCUUCAAGGUACUUUUACAAAAGAUGAAUUACUUCAUGAAGAUUUUUAUAAAAAUAAUCGAAAAUGGUUCGGAAGUGAAGAACUUCAUCCAGAUGUUUUAGCAGUCAUUUCGGGAUCAUUUAAAAAGAAAGGUGGAUAUGAUCAAGGAAUUCGAGGAAAAGGUUAUGCGACUGGCACCCUUGAAGCUGCUUUAUGGGCUUUUUGGAAUGAUAAGAAUUCAUUUGAAAAAGGUGUUCUUCAAGCGAUUAAUCUUGGAGAUGAUACGGAUACAACAGCAGCUAUUUAUGGACAAUUAGCGGGUGCUUUCUAUGGAUAUGACAAAUUAAUACCACAGAAAUGGCGUGAGACACUUUAUGCAAAAGAAUUUCUUUUAUAUGUUUCAAAUUCUUUGGCUUUUUCUGGAGAUUUAUGGUACAAAAAUCAACAAAAGGAUAAUUUUACCAAAUUUAAAUUAAAUUCAAAACAUUCAUUUUUAGAUUCAACUAGAAAUUCUCUUCGAAGUUUAACUUCUCGUCAAUCAAUUGAACGAAAUCCAUCAAAGACCAUUGAAAGAAAAGUUAUUGAUCUUAAAGGUUCGAUUGGACAUUUUUACAAUGCUUUCAAUGAUUCACUUACAGAUUUCAAAGAAAAUGAUGUUGGUUACAUUCAAAAGGAAAACUUCUUUUCAAAGAAAUGUUUUGUAAAACGAGGAAAUGAAAUCGAAUUACAAAAUCUUUUAGAAUUAGUCGGAUUUGAUAAUGAACUUCGAUUGAGUUUAUUGUCUCAUCUCAUUUCAUCUUCAGGUAUUUCAUCAAUUGUUAAUUAUCCAUAUUUGAUUGAUGAAAAUACUCGUCUUGUCUAUUAUUCAUUAAUAACACAACGAACUUAUAUCAAGGAAAAUGAUUUCAAAUCAAUGAAAUCAACAAAAUGA